CAUUUAUGAUUUAUGCAUAUAUAACACAUUUUAAAUCUUGUUUGAUACUCAUUUUUUUCUUCUAAAAAGACGAGUCAAACCAUUUUCCGAGACCAAUCAAAUUCGUCGUACUUGGAUUUGGUUCGGUCUUUCACGAAAAAAACACCAAUUCGAAUUUACCCAUAUAUCCAGUCUUUCAUCUCAGUAAUAUUUCCUGUUAAAAUCCUAAUUUAUCCCGCCGAUUCGUUCUGGUUCACACCUUUUGUGUUCUUCAGAGACUGACUGACCAAUAGGGAAGGAAGGAAAACAUACAAUGUUGAAUCUUUCAAUGAAGCCAGUGGCUAAGCCUGCUCAUGGUGAUCAAGUCCAAGAACUGAUGCCGGGCGCUUUGCCUUUCGCUAGAUCUUAUCAGUUGGAAGCAUUGGAGAAAGCGAUGAAGCAGAACACGAUUGUGUUCUUGGAGACUGGUUCUGGAAAGACACUUAUAGCCAUUAUGCUCUUGCGUAGCUUUGGCCAUCUCAUUCGGAAGCCUUCUCCUUACGUUGCUAUCUUCUUGGUUCCUACUGUGGUUUUGGUUACUCAGCAAGGUGAAGCUAUAAAGAAGCACACAGACUUGAAAGUGGGAAAAUAUUGGGGAGAAAUGGGUGUUGAUUUCUGGGAUGCAAACAUAUGGAAUCGCCAAGUGGAGCUUUAUGAGGUGCUUGUGAUGACACCGGCAAUUCUGCUUGUUGCUUUAAGGCACAGCUUUCUUAAAAUUGAGAUGAUAAAGCUUCUCAUAUUUGAUGAGUGCCAUAAUGCAAGAGGCAAACAUCCCUACUCAUGUAUUAUGAGGGAAUUCUACCAUUGCCAAUUACAAUCAAUAAAUGUAGAGCUUCCAAGAAUAUUUGGGAUGACUGCUUCCCCUAUAAAGGCAAAAGGUUCAAGCUCGGGAGAUGACUACUGGAUAGAGAUUGGUGCCCUAGAAAACCUUAUGAAUUCAAAGGUCUAUACUUGUGCUAGUGAUUCUGUUUUAGCUGCAUACAUUCCGUUUCCUACUUCCAAAGUGAGGACAUACCAUGAUAUUGAUGUUCCUUCUGCAAUGUUCGGAGGCUUACACAAUGCCUUGCAUAGAUUGAAAGAUGAGCGUGAGAAGUAUAUCACUGAGGCUGAUCUAUCAGAGGAAACCGCUGAAUCUGUAAAGAAAAGAUUAUCAAAACUUUUGUCGACGUUCUUAUAUUGUUUGACUGAGCUUGGUGUGUUUUUGGCAUUUAAGGCAGCCGAGUCCUUUUCCUGUGAGGACAAAGACAUCUUUAAAUGGGGCACACUGAGUUUGCAUGCUGAAACCAUUAUCAGAGGUUUUAGUUUAGAUGCGGCGAAGAUUUUCUCUGCUCAGAUGCCUAACGGUGCACAAUCUUAUGUCAGUAAUGAUCUGCAAGCUGGUAUGGACGCUGGAUAUCUUACUUCAAAGGUCUUGUCUUUAGUAGAGAUUCUUCUUGAUUACAGGCCCUUGAAGGACUUGAGAUGUAUCAUUUUUGUUGAAAGGGUUAUUACAGCAAUUGUCCUUCCAUCUCUAUUGAAUGAGGUGCUUCCGAAGUUAACUGGAUGGCAGACCAAGUACACAGCAGGAAACGCGUCUAGGUUGCAGGCUCAAAGUAGGACAAUACAGAAUACGAUUGUUGACGAAUUUCGAAAGGGAACGGUUAACAUUAUUGUUGCAACCUCUAUUCUUGAAGAAGGCCUUGAUGUUCAAAGCUGCAACCUUGUAAUCCGAUUUGAUCCCUCUGCAACAGUUUCUAGCUUUAUACAGUCACGUGGACGCGCUCGAAUGCAGAACUCACAUUUUAUAUCAUUGGUAAGAAGCGGGGACAAGUCUACCCUCGAUAGAGUAACUAAUUUUCUUGCAAGUGGAGAGAUAAUGAGGAAAGAAUCUUUAUCUCAUGCUUCCCAGCCAUGCUCGCCUCUUCACCGUGAACUAUAUGAUGAAUAUUCUUACAAAGUAGAAGCUACUGGGGCAGUUGUUAAUUUGAGAUCCAGUGUGUCGUUGCUUAACCUCUAUUGUUCAAGGCUACCAUCUGAUCAGUACUUUGCGCCGUCUCCUAGGUAUGAUAUAGACAAAGAUGCCAAAACCUGCGUCCUCCAUCUCCCCAAAAGUUGUCAUAUAAAAAAAGUUGAGGUUCAGGGAGAUGUCAAAAUCUUGAAGCAACUGGCAUGUCUUGAAGCUUGUAAACAGCUUCAUCAAGUUGGUGCCUUGAGUGACAAUCUUGUACCUGAUAUUAUGGAGGAAAAAGAGGACAUCCAAGAGACAGGAUGUGUGCAGUACAGCGAUGGCCAGCCAAGGUAUCAUCCACCUGAGUUGAUCGGCUGUCAUAACAAUGAUUCUGAAACAGUAUUCUAUUGCUACCUUAUUGAGCUAUGUCAGUACUCAUAUAAAGAUAUUCAGCUUCAGAAUAUCACCCUUGCUGUGAAGAUGAAGCUUGAGUUUGGUGAUGAGAAGUUGACUUUUGAACUGAAUGUUGACGGGGAUGUAAGGGUAGGACAGCUUUUUUAUGUUGGGCAGUUGACUCUAACUUCUGAAAAGAUAAAAAGUUGCCGGAUGUUUCAAGUUAUUCUCUUAAGUGCGCUUAUGCACAAGGAUUUGAAUAAAUUAGCUGAAGCUAUGGACAGAUGUUGUAAUAUAAAGGGCAUUAUAGGCUUUGAUUAUCUCAUUCUCCCUUCCUCCGGCUCCAGUUGUGGCAAUCCUUUAGUUAAUUGGAGCGUGGUUGAUUCUGUGUUUCCUUCUGGAAAACACGAGAAUAACCACACCAAUUGCUUCCCUAUGCAUGAUUGUAGUCCUAUGCAUACAAAGACUGGUUUGGUGUGUAGCUGCAGGUUGAAGAACUCUCUGAUAUGCACACCGCAUAAUGGAGCAUUAUACUAUAUUACUGAUAUUUUGCACAAUUUGAAUGGAAAUUCAACUUUGGAGAUGAGAAAAGGAAAAUCCAUAAGUUACAAAUAUUAUUUUAAAGAACGGCAUGACAUUGAUUUACUAUAUGACGGAGAAGCACUUCUUAAUGGGAGAUUUAUGCCUACGGUGCAAAAUUUCCUUCAAAGAUGUGGCGGCACUGAGAAACGAAAAGAACCACACCAUUCAUCAGUAGAAUUGCCUCCGGAACUGUGUUCAGUAAUAAUGUCUCCAAUACCAUAUGAUAUGUUAUGUUCCUUCACCUAUGUCCCAUCAAUUAUGCAUCGGAUAGAGUCCUUGCUACUAGCUGUCAACUUGAAAAAAAUGCACAUGGAUCACUGCACACAAAAUGUGAAUGUACCAACCUCCAAGAUCUUGGAAGCAACAACUAGCAAGAAGUGUCUAGAAAGUUUUCACUUGGAGACUUUAGAGACGUUGGGAGACUCGUUUCUUAAGUACGCUGUGGGUCAACAACUAUUCACAACAUAUCAAAAUGCUCACGAGGGGCUUCUUAGUUUGAAAAAAGAAAAAAUGGUUUCAAAUGCUGCAUUGUGCAAGCUGGCAUGUGACAGAAACAUUCCAGGAUUCAUUCGCACUGAACCAUUUGAUCCAAAAACAUGGGCCAUCCCUGGAGAUUUUUCCCCAGACAAGAACUUUGUUGUCGAGUUCACAUCUCCUGCGAGGAAAAUGUAUAGCAUGGGGCAUAAAAACAUAAAGGCUAAGAGAGUGGCUGAUGCAGUCGAAGCACUUAUAGGUGCAUAUGUAAGUACUGUUGGAGAAGUAGCGGCUUUAUCAUUUAUGGCAUGGCUUGGAUUAGACAUCCAGUAUCAUAUGAGAGUUCCCAUAGAAAGGAACUUCCCCAUAAGCGCUGAAAAGUUUGUCAACAUAGCAUACAUAGAAAAGUUGCUCAAGUAUAAAUUCAGUGAUCCUUCGCUCCUUGUUGAAGCGCUCACUCACGGUUCCUUCAUGCAAUCUGAUAUCCCACGAUGCUAUCAGCGUCUUGAGUUUAUUGGGGAUGCAGUGUUGGAUUAUGUUAUUACAGUCCAUCUGUAUUAUAAGCACCCUGGAUUGACUCCUGGUUUAUUAACGGACCUGAGGUCUUGUUCUGUGAACAACGACUGCUAUGCUCUAUGCGCAGUCAAGGCUGGAUUACAUAAACAACUUCUCUAUUUCUCCACCGUCCUUCAAAAGCAUAUUGCAGACACUGUGGAAAGAGUUGAGAAGUUGUGUGUUUCCUCAACUUUUGGAUGGGAAUCAGAGAUAAACUUCCCAAAGGUGCUGGGAGAUAUUAUUGAGUCUCUUGCAGGGGCAAUUCUCAUUGAUUCUGGUUUCAACAAGGACAGAGUUUAUGGAUGCAUAAUCCCACUUUUGGAGCCGAUGGUUACGCCUGAAACUCUGACUCUCCAUCCAGUAAGGGAGUUAUACGAACUGUGUCGAAGUAGGAAUUAUAUAAUGAAGAAGCCUUCUGUUACUGUUGAAAAUGAAGUCACAACCCUCACAAUGGAGGUGGAGGAUGGCAACGGCAGUGUUAUGUACCGAGACUCGUGCACCGCCCCUAACAAAGCUGCAGCAAAGAAAUUGUCUUGCAAGAAUAUUUUAAAAAUGUUGAAAAAAACCUGAGGCAAAUGAGAAUAAUAUAUAUUGUCUUUAUGGGCUCACUCAUUCCAAGAGCAUACAAAUUAUUUUUUGCUGGUAAGUUAGUUGUGAGUUGGUAAUGAGGUAGAGGAAAAUGUUGGAUGCCUGAGGCACAUUUUGGAAGGGAAGAUGGUGAAAAUAUUGAACCUAAUUGGG